CAAGAUCUUGAUGAUGACGACGAUGAUGAUGAUAUUCUCUUUGUGGGUUUGCACUGUCCCAGUACAAAAAAGUUCACAAGUAAUCGUCCAACGUCACAAGUAAGCAAGGGAACAAUGAAGAAACCAGCACAGUGGGUAGCUCCAUCCUUUGACAGCUUUGAUGACUUUAUGGAUUCAGGCUCACAGAAAGCUGUCAAAACUAAGCAGGCAAAACUGUCAAAUACAAGCUUUGCGGGCUCAUUUCCUUCUGCCACAUCUCGAACACAACCAUGUCGUUCACUGGGCAGUGGAGGUGCCAAAGGCCAUCUUGGACGAUCUGUGCAAAAGAGAACAGUUGUCAGUGCUGAAGCAUUGUGGUCAGAAAAGUACUGUCCCCAGACUAAAGCUGAUCUGGCUGUUCAUCCCAAGAAAGUGGGUGAAGUAGAGAUGUGGUUUCAGAAUUACCAGAAGAAAGCUGGCAGGGCAUGCCCAUUGCUGUUACUAACUGGACCAGCAGGUUGUGGAAAGACAGCAACGCUGAAAGUGCUGGCCAGAGAGAUGGGACUGGACAUACAGGAAUGGAUUAACCCAACCAAUAGCGGCCGGAGCAGGGAAGACUGGACUGUCGACAGUUUCACUGGGAAGAAGCUUUCAGACAGUGAGUCUCAAGUCAAGGUUUUUCAAGACUUCCUUCUCAGAGCAAACAAAUAUCAGACCUUGCAGAUAUUCGGAGGAAGUAGCUCCUCAGGAAAAGUUGUUAUCAUCGAAGACUUUCCAAACUUUUUCUUCAAGGACCCGCAAAGCUUUCAUGAUGUGUUACGGAAAUACAAACAGCAAGGAAAGUGCCCUCUGGUGUUUGUUGUCAGCGACAGUGCUAGUGGUCAGUCUAAUGAAAGGCUGCUGUUUCCACCCAGUAUACAGGCUGAGUUAAACAUUAGCAACAUCAGCUUUAAUCCUGUGGCAAUGACUUUGCUGACGAAGCUUCUGACUCGUAUUGCGAAUUCGGAAGAUAGUCAGCCUGGAAAAAGCAAUACAUUCACCAAACCUACAGCUACAGUAGUAGAGUCCAUUGCAAUGUCUUGUGCAGGUGAUAUAAGGGGUGCUGUGAAUGCCCUUCAGUUUGCUUCACUGAAAGGGAAAGGGGAGAUUGUGAAGGGACAAGUGAAAGUUACUAAAGGAACAGUCAAGAAAGGCCAAACACAAAGAGGUAAAGGUUUGUCCAAAAGCAAAACAGAUUCUGGCUGCGGGGAAGGAAAAGAAGGGGCUCUGGGCUUCAGGGAUUCCUCUCUCUUCCUGUUCCGCGCUCUAGGCAGGGUGUUGUAUGCUAAACGCGACCCUGAGGACUCCACACAAAGUCUGACCCUACUACCGUCACACUUGAGCCAUCACAAUAGAACGCCAUUGCAGGUAAAUGCCGAGGACGUCAUCGACAGGUGUCACAUCUCAGGUGACUUCUUUAAUGCAUAUUUACACCAGAACUACCUUGAGUUUUUCUCCACCAUUGAGGAUGUGGAGCGAGCUAGCGAGUACUUCAGCAUUGCUGACUUUCUGACAUCACAGUGGGCUGCCAAACGCCUCAUGGACGCCUAUGCCUCCUCUGUGGCAGUGAGAGGUCUGAUGCACUCUAACUGUGCUGGUCCUCCAAGUGGGUCUGGGAGAGGCUGGAAGCCCCUGCACAAGCCACAACUGUAUGCAUCUACCAGAAAGACUCGUGAUACAACCGAUGCUGGCAAGGCUUUGUUCCAGGCACAUUGGUGCACACCAGAGGUUCUUUUCGCAGAAACCUUGCCGUACAUUUCCCUGAUUAACAUCACCCUGCACAACCCUCGGCAGAUCGCCUUUCUACAGGAGAUUUGCAGGUUUGCCGAGAUGAAAGGUCUAGUUAAGCUGGACGAUAAGGAAGGUACUGAGAUACAAGAGGAAAAUGAGGAUGGAUUUUCCUGUCUCUCAGCUCCCAAGGUGUCUAUGCCAAGUGUGGUCUGUCACAACGAGGACAGCAGUGAUACCAUCAUAUCCAACAGUCAGUCCACAGUCAAAGUACCAGCAGAAGAUGAGGAGAUAGUAAUUGAUGAGUUUGACGAAUUUGAUGAUUGAUUGUUCAAAGCCAUUGACUGACUUGCAAGUGUGGCACAAGUGUAAUGAAAUUCUUUAGUGCUGUGAAUUUGACUACAAGGCUAUUUAUCUGUAUUGCCAUCAAUCAUACUCUAUUAAAUGUACAUGUAUAAAGUUCUGAUGUGUGCUUGACUGGUUCAUCAUUAGUAGUAAUCUCUUUAUGUUGAAAGUGAAAAGUUGUUAUGUAUAGUGCUGAACACCAAUCAUAAUUAAAUAAAUCACUGUGACCUG